UCUAACAAAUGUUGAAUAUAACAUUAAACAUUUCAUAUCAUCACCACUAGUCUUCUGCAACCUACAUUAAAAAAAUGACAAUACCUUCAUGGCUUUUCCUUAUACCUGUACUCAUAUCUUGGUCGACCUCCCUUGCCCUCCCCUCCGAGCAAUCAACUCUCGUGGCCCUAAAGCGUCACAUAUUUAAAGGAAACACUCAUCACAUAUUAGCCCAAAAUUGGUCGGAGACGGCCUCCGUUUGCACGUGGAUGGGAGUCACUUGUGCCUCAUCCCCGGACAGAGUCACUGCACUCAACAUCUCCACCAUGGGACUGACGACAACUCUCCCUUCUAUGCUCGGCAAUCUCUCUUCUCUCGUUUAUCUCGAUUUGCGCAACAACAACUUCUAUGGCGAUUUGCCUGAGGAUUUGUCGAAUCUGCCUAGAUUGAGGGCCCUCAACUUGUAUAACAACAGUUUUAGUGGACUCAUUCCUCUCUCCUUGUUCAACAUCUCCAGCCUCCAGAGUUUGAUCAUAGCAUCUAAUUUGCUAAGAGGGAAUAUUCCUCAACAAAUUGGCAAUCUUAGUAAUCUCAAGGAGUUUUAUGGAGGAGUCAACAGGUUUAGUGGAGCUAUACCAAGUGGGAUUGGAGGGUUAAGGAUGCUUGAAUAUCUCUAUCUUGGGAGCAACAUGCUUCAAGGUCCAAUCCCUGAAGAAAUAAGCAAUCUUGAUCAUCUACAAGAGAUUGGAUUAAGCAACAACACUUUGAGUGGUCCUAUACCAGUUGGAUUGUUCAACAUUUCCACACUGAGAAUAAUCUCAAUGAUCAUGAACAAUCUCUCUGGAUCUCUCCCAUCCACCAUGGGCCACAACUUGCCCAAUCUUGAAUAUCUGUCUCUCUACAUGAACAACCUCAGUGGUAGAAUACCAGACUCCAUCUCCAACUCAACCAAACUCAUACAAAUAACCCUUCAACGAAACAAGCUCUCCGGCCCCAUUCCACACUCCUUGGGAAGCCUCAAGCUCCUAGAUUGUCUCCACUUAUUUGGCAACCAACUAACAAACAAUGCACCUGAUCAAGAACUCACCUUCCUAACUUCCUUAACAAAUUGUCCCAUGCUUAGAGACCUAGUCGUGUCAUACAAUCCUCUUCGCGGUCGCCUUCCUUCUUCUAUAGGAAAUUUCUCCACUUCCUUGCUUAGGCUUUACAUAUCGGGUUGUGUGCUCGUUGGGGAAAUCCCGGAUCAUAUAGGAAACCUUACCAAUUUAAACAAUUUAGACCUAACAGGUAAUGACUUGUCUGGAUUUGUUCCAACCACGAUCCGAGGUAUGCUACGUCUGCAAGGCUUGUCACUUAGCCAGAACAAGCUACAAGGACCGUUGCCAGAUAAUCUAUGUGAUAUGCCAGAGUUGAGCCAUUUGAAAUUAGGGAAAACCCUAGUUUCAGGUCCUAUCCCAAACUGCAUAGGAAAUGCCACUUCUCUUAGAGUGCUUCAUUUGUAUUCGAAUAGAUUGAACUCGACUCUGCCACGGAGCAUUUGGAGCCUCAAAGACCUCCUGGAGCUUGACCUAUCUUCGAAUUCUCUGACUGGCAACCUGUCUCAACAAACUGAAGAUCUGAAGGUUGCAACUUACAUAAACCUCUCCAGAAACGCGUUCACUGGCACCAUCCCUGACGCGUAUGGCAGCAUGAACAACUUGAUGAUCUUUUCUCUUGCGAGCAACGAGCUCCAAGGAUCCAUACCACAAUCCCUUGGCAAAAUGAUAAGCCUGGUUUCGUUAGACUUAUCGGACAAUGCUCUCUCGGGGGAGAUACCUAGAGCAUUAGAAAACCUCCAAUUCCUAACCUAUUUCAAUGUGUCUUUCAACAAACUAAGUGGUGAGAUCCCUAGUGGAGGGCCUUUCAGUAAUUUCAGCUACUCCCUCUUCGCAUCCAACGAAGGCUUAUGCAGUGCUCGUGACUCGCCAUACGUGGAUAGAUGUAAGAAGAAGGGGAAGAAGAGCAAAAGAAGAAUCAUAGUUGUUGUGAUUGUAUCUUCCACUGUGGUGGCAUUUCUCAUCACAUCCUUCUCAGUCCUAACAUGGACAACGAGGAGGCGUAGAAGACGAGCAACGGAACAACCUAGCUCACACAACAUCAAAGAGAUGGAGAGGUUUUCAUACCACGAGCUCAAACAAGCUACCAACGACUUCAGCAACGAAAAGCUACUUGGAAGUGGGGGCUUCGCCUCGGUCUACCUGGCGAAUUUUGACAACGGGAACCACUUCGCAGUCAAAGUGUUUAAUCUCGGGCGAGAAUACGCUUCUAGAAGCUUCGAAAGGGAGUGCUACAUGCUGAGCAAGUUGAGGCAUCGGAAUCUGACGAAAGUGAUCAGUGCUUGCUCGAAUCAUGAUUUCAAAGCUUUGCUUCUUGAGUAUAUGCAGAACGGGAGUCUAGAGGAUUGGUUGUAUGGCGAUGGAUUCUUCUUGGAUGUUGUGCAGAGGAUCGAGGUGAUGAUCGACGUUGCGUUGGCUUUGGAGUAUCUGCACCAUGGCUAUGUGAAGCCUGUGAUUCAUUGUGAUUUGAAGCCGAGCAAUGUAUUGUUGGAUAAGGAUAUGGUGGGGCAUAUCACUGAUUUUGGGAUUACUAAGUUGUUGGGAGAGGAAAACAGUGUUGUGCGCACACAAACUUUGGCUACUCUGGGUUAUAUGGCACCAGAAUAUGGGAACGAAGGAGUGGUGUCUAGUGCAUGUGAUGUAUAUAGCUAUGGUAUUCUAUUAAUGGAAACAUUCACAAGAAAGAAGCCGACAAACGACGUGUUUGGGGGAGAAUUAAGCUUGAGGAGUUGGAUAGAUGCUCUGCUUCCUGAUUCAGUUAAUCAGGUUGUGGAUUCAACCUUAUUGAGAGAGGAAGAUGAGCAUUUUACUGAAAAAAUGUGGUGCGUUUCGUCGAUUUUGGCCUUGGCCAUGACUUGCACAGUUCAAUCUCCGAAGGAUAGGAUGAAUAUGAAGAAUGUGUUGGCAGCUUUGGAAAAGAUCAAGCUUCAUAUCACCUCAACGCCGGAUGUUAGCAUAUAAGUCCCAUUGCCUACUUUGUAGAUAUAUUUUGAUUGAUUUGGCUUUAGCGUUUGGAAGCACUGCAAAAAAUAAAAAAUAAAAAAAUUUAAAGAUA